GGUGCCGAAAUGCGAACAUUGUUGCGUUGUAAACAGGCGGCUAGAAACAUAACCUCAGUUUUUUGGCAUUCGAGUUUUCAAAAUUAUGUGUGAUAAGACUGAUAAAAAAAUUGCAGAGGCGUUUCAGAUUUUGAAAACUGAGACUUCAGAAUUGAUACAUGUGUGCCCUGAUGUCCCUGUGAUUAGUGUUGGUGAGACUUUGAGGACUGAUUGGCCUUUUCGCUUUUAUAGAGACUUUGUGGCUAAAAAUUAUCCUGUUAUUAUAAGAGGGGGUUGUAAACAUUUUCCAGCAGUAUCAAAAUGGAAUUCACGAUAUUUCUUGGAUACCAUUCCAAAUAAAGAAGUGACAGUCGCUGUAACCCCAAAUGGGUAUGCAGAUGGCUUGGCAGCCAAAACCACAGAAAAAGGCAAAGUACACUAUUUUGUAAUGCCAGAAGAAGUUAAAAUGCCUAUGAGGGAAUUUGUUAAAAAAAUGGACGAUGUCAGUAAACAGUAUAUUUGCUACAUUCAGAAACAAAACUCCAAUUUAACCGAAGACUUCAGUGAAUUAAUGUGUGACGUUCAAUCUGAAAUUCCUUGGGCUUCUAAGGCUUUUGACAAAACCCCCGAUGCUGUGAAUUUCUGGAUGGGCGAUGCACGUGCCGUCACCAGUUUGCAUAAAGACCCUUAUGAGAAUAUUUAUUGCGUGAUAGAUGGAUUCAAAGACUUCAUACUUAUUCCCCCAACUGAUUUACCAUAUGUACCAUAUAAAACGUAUCCUGUAGGAACCUACAAAGAUGUAAUGAACAAAAAAUGUUAUAUUGAAGACCACAAAGGGGAAAAAAUCGAAUGGAUCGCUAUUGAUCCGUUAAAAAGAAAUCAUUAUGAUAAAUAUCCUCAAUUUAAAAACGCAACUCAGUACAAAGUUAGAAUAAAAAGUGGAGAUUGUCUCUACUUACCAAGCCUUUGGUUUCACCACGUUAAACAAAGCCAUAAGUGCAUAGCGAUAAACUACUGGUAUGAUAUGGAUUUUGAUAUCAAAUAUUGUUACUACAAUAUGUUAAAGCGACUUAGCGGGACUUGAAAAAUAAACAACAUUUAUAAAA